AUGCAGUUUUUCAUCCGCCGCCUGUUCGCGGUGGGCCUGUUACUCACGGCCGCCCACGCAUAUGCGACCAGCAGGAUGGGGAUGCUGCGCACCGUCAUCACGACUGAUAUGGAGCAGGACGACCUCGCCUCACUCAUCCGGUACCUACUCUACACCAAUGAACUCGAUACACAGGGCAUCAUCUACAGCUCCAGCCGCUUUCACUGGGCCGGUGACGGCAAUGGCACGAAGUUCUUCCUGCCCGACCGCGAGUAUACCUCCCCACAGUGGACAUGGCGCUGGACGGGAACGCGGACUAUCCAAGAUAAAGUCGUCCCAGCAUAUGCAGAAAUCUUCCCAAAUCUGCUGAACCAUGAUCCAUUCUACCCGACACCUGACGAGCUAUUGUCCAAAGUCAAGAUCGGCAAUAUCGAGUUCGAGGGCGAAAUGGAUCAUGACUCGGAUGGGUCUAAUCUCAUCCGUGCGCUACUGCUCAACGAAGAUCCACGACCGCUCUACUUGCAAGCAUGGGGUGGCACCAACACCAUCGCCCGUGCGUUGAAGUCAAUCGAGGAGCAGUACUCGGGCUCUCAGCAGUGGACGCAGACCAAGGACAUCGUCUCCCGGAGAGCUGUCAUCAUGGCGAGCGGGUUUCAGGACGAAACAUAUGCGAACUAUAUCUCCGUUAACUGGCCACAGAUCCGCGUGGAGCAGUUGGGGGCCGGAUACAGUACUUGGGGCUACAACUGUAAUAAGGGCCAGGGCAACGUCCGUGGCUUGCCAGACGCCCACGUAUACUUUACCGGUGACUGGACCAAGGCGAACAUCGAAACAGGACCAUAUGGGAAGCUGUAUCGUUCCUGGCUCGACGGCCAAUCUAUGCCAGGGGACCCCAUGGACACUUUCGGCUAUCGGAAUACGGCGAAUUCGUCAAGCUUUUGUAAACCACUGGGCCCGUACGCCUUCCUGUCCGAGGGUGACAACGUGGCUUUCAACCCCUUGAUUACAACUGGGAUUCAUGAUCCGGCCAACCCAAAUCUCGGUGGGUGGGGCGGUCGAGCCAAGCAGAACAGCACAUCGCCGAACUUGUGGGAGCUGGUUGAAAGCGAGAAGAAUAGGACCGGCGCGGAGCUGAAUAGCUACACAACGGACCGCUGGGCCGCGGCUGUGCAGAACGACUUUGCGGCUCGUAUGCAGUGGACUCUGACACCGAAAUAUCAAGACGCCAACCACGCACCCUCGGUACAGAUUCUGAACGGAACCACCGUCCAGGCACAUCCUGGGACCACUAUAACGCUGGCUGGUGCGGUUAGCGAUCCGGACGGUGGCAACAUCACCACAACCUGGUGGCAGUACUUCGAAGAAGGCACAUACCCGGGCCGUGUGAAUGUGACUGAGUCCGGUAAACAUCGGGCGGAUGUAACGAUCCCAGAUGAUGCCCAAACUGGCCAGAAUAUUUCGAUCAUUCUGCAAGGCACGGACGAUGGGACAUUCCCACUGACCCGCUAUGGCCGGAUUUUUAUUCAAGUCAUAUAA